AAAUGUUUGGUUACCAUGACAACACGUAGUACGGAGGAGGAGGAGGAGGAGGAGAUCACAGCCUCACAGCAGAGAGAGGAGACGGACGCUCGGCCUCACAGCUCACUCCACCGAGCAGAAUGGACCGAUAAACAUCACGGUUUGAGGCGAUGUUCAGACUUGUUUGCCAUGGAAACAGAUAUGAUACCAAAAUUCUCCUCCAAAGAUGAGGAAAUCGACUUCUGGAAGGCUCUCUCCCUCAAGUACAAGAAAGGCUGCCAGGACUCUCAUGAGGAGCUGCUGGAGUUCCAGGAGGGCAGCAGGGAGCUGGAGGCCGAGCUGGAGGCUCAGCUGGGACAGGCCGAGCACCGCAUGAAGGACCUGCAGUGUGAGAACAACAGACUGAAGAACGAGGUGGAGACGCUCAAGGAUAAACUGGAGCAUCAGUACUCUCAGAGCUACAAGCAGGUCUCCAUGCUGGAGGACGACCUCGGACAAACGCGCAGCAUCAAGGAUCAGCUCCACAAAUACGUCCGAGAGCUCGAACAGUCCAAUGACGACUUGGAGAGAGCCAAAAGAGCUACGAUCGUGUCUCUGGAGAACUUCGAGCAGCGUCUGAAUCAGGCCAUCGAGAGGAACGCUUUCCUGGAGAGCGAGCUGGAUGAGAAGGAGUCUCUGCUGGUCUCUGUGCAGAGAUUAAAGGAUGAAGCCAGGGAUUUGCGGCAGGAGCUGGCCGUGAGGGAGAGGCAGACCGAUGUAAGCAGGAUGUCGGCCCCGAGCUCGCCCACACAGGACAAUGAGAAGAUGGACUCAGCUGUUCAGGCCUCUCUCUCGCUCCCUGCCACCCCACUGAGCAAAGGUCUGGACAAUGCCUUUGCCAACACAACAGCUCUGUCAAACGGCUACAGCAGCAACUCUCCGCUGACUCCCUCUGCCAGGAUAUCGGCACUGAACAUCGUCAGCGAUUUACUUCGUAAAGUCGGGGCUCUGGAGUCCAAGCUCGCCGCCUGCAGGAACUUUGCCAAGGACCAGAGAACCAGGAAGGUGUACACGCUCGACAACAGCAACGCGCUCAACGCAAACACAACCAGCUACUCGCAGUCUCUCCACACGUCAUACUUUGACAAAGCGACAGAGAUGGUCACGUUCCCUGCGUUGAUUUUGGCAGGCCGGUGAACGGACUGAAGCCUGGCACCCUGACGGCCAUCACCGCCCCUCCUGUUGCCUCCUCCCCUGGCCUGGUUCCCCUUGCUGUGUGACACUGACCCCCCCCUCCCCUCCCUCAAACCCUCAACCGAACACGCCCGUCCUGCACUUGAACAUAUAAAAACAGAGGGACAAAGAGGGACACACAAAUGUCUGAUACUGUAAAACCUUGUGGAUGUACUGUUACUCCAGACCCCGUCCUCCACGCUCUGACUCGACUCUCGUGCUUCGUCCUGCUGUACUCGUGGGUCCUCGUCUGUGUAUGUGUCUGUAUCUGCUUUAAAGAGGGCGCCACAUUCACGCUUCACAACAGGAUCUCGGCCUGAUUUAUGAAACAUGAACAACAAAUCAACUAAAAGGGAAACUUUAUGCAACUUUAAACGCGCUCUUAGCUGCAAACUUUGAUUAACAUUUAAAAGCAAUAACUCUUCAAACAAGAGAAAAAGAUCUCUGAUAAUAACCGGCCUGAUGAGUUUGCACAUGACAUUUGUCCCGGGUCAUUUUGUACCACAUGGAUCGUGUCUGCAUCAAUAAUUGAUGUUUCAAAAUGUCCAACAUGUGAGACAGACGUGUUUUAAACUCGCUCUGCUGCGUCUAAAGAGUCAGAUGGUUUUUAAUCUCUUAUCUCCUGACCCAUGUACAUAGAGUACUCUUCCUUUUUGGUUCUGAAGUGGUCUGAAGAUCGGGGUAGGAGCGUCUUUGUGUCAUUGUAUCGAGUCCAACACGCCACCUGUCCUCUGAACUCUGUGACAUGAUGUGUACAGUAUUGGUCAUAUUGAUCGUUAUUUAUCGACGCCGUCUUUAAAGACGCCGUCGACGUCUUCGUCGUGUUCGGGCCAGUGAAGCGAGCGUUCUUGUAUCGUGUAGUUGAAGUGUUUUAACAUUUUAACAUUUUCUCGGUUUAUUACUUAACACUUUUUUUAGUACUGUACGGGAAGCAAGUGGAGCACUUUGACCUCGUGUGAACUCACUUUUUUCAUUUUCAUUUAAGUGCAAUAUCACUGGUUUUGUACGGAAGCCCAGGAUGGCCAUACUUGCACUUAUUUUUAAAUGAUACUCCAAAUUCACACACGACAGAUUUCAUGUGAUGAGAGGUGAAAUUUCUCUCUUAUCUCAGGGGAACAAACGUUUUCUGUGUUUUGUUUUCUUGAGAUAUUUAGAGGAAUGAACCUUUUAAUUUAUAAAACAAACUUUUUUACAUAAAGAUAUUAAAAUAAUCUACAGAUAUCAGCUUCCAGAAAAUAAUUGCAGGCGUGGCUGUUCUCCUCUUCUGUAGUUUUCUUUAGUUUUUGGGGUUAAUUUAUUUCAGGUUUCGUUCACAGCAUGUUUUAAUAAAUGAUGUUGUUUACAUCUA